AUAACAGUUAGAUUUGCAGUAAAUCUAUUAUUAUCGCAACUUAUUAGUUAUUCCGUACCUAUUAACCUAAAUAGUAAUUGGAAUAUAGGUUUCAUAUUAGGAAUAGUACUAGUUAUGCAGAUACUAACAGGGGUAAUACUGUCAUUUAACUAUGUAGCUGUAGCCCCUGAUGCCUACUACAGUAUUGCAUAUAUUCUUGAAGAUAUCCAUAAUGGAUAUUUAUACAGAUAUCUGCAUAGUAAUGGAGUAUGUCUGUUCUUCAUGUUUAUGUACGCUCAUCUAAUUAAGGGACUAUGGUAUUCAUGCACAUAUCUCCCUUUAUCGUGGUAUACAGGUAUAGUUAUACUAAUGUUAUCCUACGCUAUUGGCUUCAUGGGAUAUGUAUUACCAUAUGGCCAAAUGAGCUACUGGGGAGCUACGGUAAUCAUUAACUUGUUCUACUGGAACAAAGGACUAACUGAGUUACUACUAGGUAAUUACUCUGUAAAUAGUAGUACCUUAGGUAGGUUCUAUAUAUUACAUUUUAUACUACCAUUUGUAAUGUUACUUAUGAUAGUUAUACAUAUAUAUUACCUACAUCUAAACUCAAGUAGUAAUCCUUUGAGCGUAGUAGAUAGCUAUUCAUCUAUCAGAUUCUCACCAACAGUGUUAGCUUCUGAUAUCUAUAUGAUGGCUAUAACAUCAAUGUUAAUAGUGAGUCAGUUAGCAUAUGCAAUUAUUCCACUAUUCACAGGUGAUAGUGAUAAUAGCUUAUUAGCUGAUCCACUGAUGACACCAUUACAUAUAGUACCUGAAUGGUAUCUCUUACCUUUUUAUGGUACUCUCAAACUACUACCAACUAAACUAUCAGGUUUAGUAACAAUGCUAGUGUUUAUUCAGACACUAGUACAGACAGUGGAGCAGAGGAACAAUGCUACAGUGUUAUCACUCUACAAUGUUCAUAGAACAUAUUCACAUAGAAGAGUGUUAUUAAUACCUCUAUUAGUAACUAUAGGUUACCUAGGUAUGUAUCAUCUUAACCUCUUUACUACCCAAGUAGGUAUCUAUGUACUUCUACUGUACCUACUAAUAGGACAAACAAGUGUAACUUGUAGCAGUACACGACUACGAUCCCUAUAG